AUGUCUCAAAUUUUGUAUAAGUAUUUUUUAAAUAAAACAAAAUUAGAUCAUUUAGUUACUUUUGGAGCACCUGAGGAGGAUCCAUAUUACGAAGAAAUUCCAGACAAAGACUUACAUUUUUAUCAAAGGAAAGGAGCCAAAAGAAAAAGAAAAUUACCAUCUUACAUCCCUAAACAUGAUUUAAAAAUAUUGAAUAAAGUCAAAAGCCGAGCUUAUACUUUAGACCUACAAUUAAGUUUAUGUGGUCUCAGAAUUGGAUGGUCUGCUGUAAUUGGAUUAAUUCCUUGGAUUGGUGAUUUAAUUGCUUUUUAUUUUGCUCUUCAAUUGGUGAAAACUGCUAAAAAGAUCGAAGGUGGUUUACCGAAGAGUUUAGAGACUGAAAUGAUGGCGAAUGUUACAUUUGAUUUUGGGAUUGGUUUGAUACCUAUAGUAGGAGACUUUAUCAAUGUUUUGUACAAAUGUAACUCUAGGAAUUUCAUUUUGUUGGAAAAGCACUUGGUAAAAAAAUAUGGUAAUGUUCAGAAUAAUCAACAAGCGAUUGGUAAUAAUACAAACCCUUCAGGUCCAGCAGCAGCAAGUACAACAAAAGCAAAUGCUACGCAAGGCAAAACUACUGCUGCUCGUGAAAUAGAUCAGCCAUACAAUCCAGAAUUACCAAGAGCUCAAAAUAACAUACCACCAACUUACCCUGGACGAUCGGUUCCUAAAAGAUCAGUUGACACUACUGAAAUUGGAAACAAAGUUUAG